AGCCGGACAGUGGGGGAUGACUAUAGAGGAGGGUGGACUUCUUCAGUCUGACUAAAGGCGCACGGUCAUGUUGCAGCGCAGGGUUUUCCACGCAGCUCUUAAACACCUUUUCACAGGGACCCAGGAGCCCCAUAAAAGUCUGCAAUGCGGGCUCCUCUGGGGACACAGGGUGGUCUGGCACAGGAGCAAAUCAAGUCUCUCUGAUGUGAAGGAGCGGACUCUCAUUGCCAUAAAGCCAGAUGGAGUUCAGCGUCGUCUCGUCGGACAGAUAAUCCAGCGGUUCGAGCAGAGAGGGUUCAAGUUGGUCGGGCUGAAGAUGCUUCAGGCAUCACAGGACAUCCUGUCUGAGCACUACUGUGACCUGAGGACCAAGCCUUUCUAUAGCAGUCUGCUGCGCUACAUGUCCUCAGGACCUCUAGUUGUGAUGGUGUGGGAAGGGCACAACGUCGUUCAGACAUCACGAACCAUGGUGGGAAGCACUAAUCCAGCUGAGGCGCAGGCAGGAACCGUCAGAGGAGAUUUCAGCAUUCAUGUCAGCAGGAAUGUGAUCCAUGCCAGCGAUUCUGUGGAGGGGGCUCAGAAGGAGAUCCAGCUGUGGUUUCAAUCAAAAGACCUUCUGGACUGGGACUGCUGGGACCAAACCAGCACCAGUGAGGUGUGAGGACAGCACCAAUCAAUAGGAAGUGAGAGUUCAAUAUACUGCCUCUUUCCCAGCUGCUCAGUGGUCCGUCACUUCUAACCAUGUGGCCAACAGCGAUUGAAAAACAUGAGCCAUAUUCAUUGAUCAAUCUCAGUGAUUUACCUCAGAAGUGCACUCUAAUAUGUUGAUGUUGCCUUCAGGAUGCAUUUUAAUAGCAGUAAUCAGCAUGUUUCUGUCUGAUGGUUAAACUACUUAAAUGUUUACUAUGAAAAGUGUUGAUUAAUUAUUUUGAGAAAAAGAUUGAAAAAAACUUUAAAAAACUACUUUUUAAAGUGAACUUUUUACAUUUUUCAGGAACUGCAUCCCUCUUCCAGUAUUCCCUAUACUGCUUUUUUAUGUACCAGGUCACCAAUAUUGCAAAAAAUACAGACUUUGAACCAUUUUGCACUGAAAAGAUUAAAUAGAGAGCAGAAAAACAUAACAAAAAAUUAAAUAAACCAACAGUAUGUUUAAAUAAACCUCCAGAAUGAUCAGAAUCUUUUCCUUUUAUUAAAGUAUGGCACAGGAUGAAAGUCCAAGUUCCUACAUCAUACUGGUGUUGCACUGGCAUCUGAGCAUUGGCUUUUAUUUUUAGACAUGUGUGUCUUCUCAUCUGGAUGAUGGAUCAUUGGAGGAAAUAUAACAAGGCUAAUGGGGCUUAAUUUUUCUUUUCAUUCAUCUCCAUCGCUGCCUAUAAAAGUUUUCUGGACAUUUUCUCAUAUUCUGAUCUGAAUAAGAAAUUAAUAAUAAUUAUACAUUUAAGACUAAGGGCAAAAUAGAACAACUGCAAUACUUUACAUUUGCAGAAUGCAACAUUACAUGGCGAAGAUUGGAUAUUUCCUCUUAAUUUUUUGCGUGAUUAAACUUGAUUCAUCUAAAAAUCUAAAAAGAUUUCUAAAUGCAUGCAGUUGGUCCAUCUUUCUAUCUGUGCUGAUUUUAAAGGCAAACCAGGACAAACUUUUGAAAUAGGGACAGCGCAAUCUGAAAGGUCAGUUCUUGCGUAU